GCCGGGAGCGUUUCUCGUCGGCCGCCCUAACGGCGCGUCCCGCUGCGGCGGGCGAGGAGGGCGGCGUGCUGCUCCGCCGCCUCGGCUCCUGUAGGAGGGGCGGCGCUUCGGAGGGGAGUGUCGGGAGGUGUCCAGCAUGGCCCAAACAGAGAAGAAAGGUGGGCUGCUCCGGAAAUCUUCAGCCUCCAAGAAGCCACUGAAAGAGAAGGUUGUGUUGAUGUAUGAUGAGAUUUUCACGACAGAGGACCCCAGUAAAAGCAACCCUAGGUUUUGGGAGGAGCUGUUUCUCAUGAAGGUCAACCUGGAAUAUCUGGAAGGCAAGCUGGAGGCUCUGGAUGGGGAAGAGUUGAUGAAGAUAAAAGAUAACAUCAAUUGCUUGUUUCAGCACUGCAUCCAGGCACUGGGUGAGGAGCACCCAAUCAGAGUGGUCAAUGCACUACAGACUUUGUGUGCACUGAUACGGGGUGUCCAUCAGAAGAACAAAUCUACUUCUGGGUUUGACAUCAUCAACAUGCUUGUGGGAUUUGAUAAGGCAGAGCUUUGUAUGAAGAAUCUGAUGGAGAGCUUGGACUCGCUACUCUGUGCAGAAGGUUCUGAAAGUCUGAAAAGCUUGUGUCUGAAGCUACUCCUCUGCUUGGUGACGGUGACAGAUAACAUAAGCCAGAACACCAUCCUGGAGUAUGUGAUGAUUAACAGCAUAUUUGAAGCUAUAUUACAGAUUCUGUCCAGCCCACUUAGUCGCAGGGAGCAUGGCUAUGAUGCUGUUGUCCUACUUGCCUUGCUGGUCAACUACAGAAAGUAUGAGUCAGUGAAUCCUUACAUUGUGAAGCUCUCUAUCGUAGAUGAUGAGGCCACGCUCAACGGAAUGGGACUUGUAAUUGCCCAGGCUUUAUCAGAGUACAACAGGCAAUACAAAGAUAAAGAAGAGGAGCACCAGAGUGGUUUCUUCUCAGCCCUAACUAACAUGGUGGGCAGCAUGUUCAUAGCAGAUGCUGAUGAGAAGAUAUCAGUCCAAACUAAUGAAGCAAUCCUUCUGGCCCUCUAUGAAGCUGUCCACUUAAAUCGGAACUUCAUUACAGUUCUGGCACAAAGCCAUCCUGAAAUGGGGCUGAUGACAACACCAACAAGUCCAAUUCCAACCACGCCUGUCACUCCGCUUGGAACCACUCCGCCUUCUUCGGAUGUUAUAAGCUCUGCAGAGCUACCUUUGGAUGCUGAUGUACAAACUAGCAACUUGCUGAUAACCUUCUUGAAGUACAGCUCCAUUGUGAUGCAGGACACAAAAGAUGAGCACCGGCUACACAGUGGCAAGCUGUGUCUGAUUAUCCUGACAUGCAUAGCAGAGGAUCAAUAUGCUAAUGCUUUUCUCCAUGAUGACAACAUGAAUUUUCGAGUAAACCUCCACAGGAUGCCGAUGAGGCAUAGGAAGAAAGCAGCAGACAAGAACUUGCCCUGUCGCCCGCUGGUGUGUGCAGUGCUUGAUUUAAUGGUGGAGUUCAUUGUGACACAUAUGAUGAAAGAAUUUCCCAUGGAUCUCUACAUACGGUGUAUUCAGAUUGUGCACAAGCUGUUGUGUUACCAGAAGAAAUGCAGAGUGAGGCUUCAUUACACCUGGAGGGAGCUCUGGUCAGCUUUGAUCAACUUGCUGAAGUUCCUCAUGUCUAAUGAAACCGUGUUGCUGGCCAAACACAACAUCUUCACCCUUGCUCUAAUGGUUGUGAACCUCUUCAACAUGUUCAUCACCUACGGAGACACCUUCCUCCCCACUCCCAGCAGCUAUGAUGAGCUGUAUUAUGAAAUCAUUCGGAUGCAUCAGAAUUUUGACAACCUUUAUUCUAUGGUUCUCAGGAUUUCUACCAAUGCUGGUCAGUGGAAAGAGCCUGCAAGCAAGGUGACCCAUGCAUUAGUCAAUAUUAGAGCCAUCAUCAAUCACUUCAACCCAAAGAUAGAGUCCUACGCUGCAGUGAAUCACAUAUCUCAGCUCUCCGAGGAUCAGGUUUUGGAAGUGGUACGCUCCAACUAUGACACGUUGACCCUGAAGCUGCAGGAUGGACUGGAUCAGUACGAGCGUUAUUCUGAGCAGCAUAAGGAGGCUGCCUUCUUCAAAGAGCUGGUUCGGUCCAUCAGCAUCAACGUGAGGAAGAACCUUGCUUUCAACACGCUGAGCCAGGAGCUCCUGCUGAAGGAAUUCUCCACCAUCUCUUGAAGCAGAGGCGCAGCUGCUGCACAGGGCUGACUAGAGAUGGGCCCAGCUGGACAGGGACACCCAUCUGCAGCCUUCCACCUGCAGAAUGGACUGCACUUCUUCCAGGGGAGAGCCUUGCUGCUGUGUGUUUGAUCCCAAAGGCGUGUGUUUCAAUGGGACUGUGGCUGAGGAAAGGUGGUCGGCCUAUGGAGGAGGAGGAAGCAAUUCUGUAUGGUGCCAGGGGGGUGGGCAGCUGUUUCUGUGAAGCAGCGAUGGGAGAUUCCCUCCGCAGCCUCAGGGAGGAUGUACUGGAACCCUUCGUAGCAGAGGUGAGGAGAGCUCACAACGAAAACAAUAAAGUCACUCUGGCUGUGUGAGGCAGUGCUGGGUGGAGGUCGCUCAUCUGUUGUGUGUGAAAGUUCUCCAAGCCCUAAAAGCUCUCUGGAUCAACCGUCCCUCCUGCACCAUUGGUCAAAUCCACUGCUGUCCUGCUGGGAAAUCUGGGGAGAUUUAAAAUCAAUUCCCAGGAGAGUAGGCCCCGAUCAUUGCUGGUUUCACAUGUCAGACAGUGUUGCUUGAACUAAACCAUCAAAUUACUGAAGGAGAAGAUCUGGUUGAGCCAGCGUGCGGGAUAUUGGCCACCAAAGUGAGUGCUGUGUAACUGGAGGCCAGUUCUGGUUGGGGUCACUGCUGCUUCCAGCAGCCCAGCACAUUUCUGCUGUUUGUAGGUUUGAGGGAAAUUUUUAGAUAUUCCCCUUCCACAGGGCAGAGGACAGGCUGUGUCCCUCCCCACUCCCCUUGCUGCCCAUCGGAAACUGCUUUGUGACAAUCCUCUUCCUCACAGGAACGUCUGCCUUGCCCGUGUUUGCAAGUGCGUGGUGAGCUUCCUGAGCUGACAAGUCCCCAGUUUUUCCUUGUGUGUAGCUUGCAGCUACUGCAGUUAAAACAGCUGCAGAAGUAGUUAAUUCACUUUCUAGCUUAUCCUUCUGUUUUUCCUAAGCAGCCUGCAGCAAAUUUCCACAAGAAGAGCUCCAGGAUGGUGCUUAGGGGCACAGGGGGACCUUUCUGCUCAGUGUGUCAGAGGUUCCCAGGGAGGGCAGAACCUGUUCUGAGUGCCGUGUCAGGCUGCCAACUCAGGGAUAUGCAGCAUAAACACCUUCUCCCUGUUGGUACAUUUUCAGCUCCCAGCAGUGAUGUUAGGACCUGACUCUGUAGGUUGAACUAAAGAAGUUAUUUGCAUCCCAGCUCUCCUUUUUUUUUUUCCUAGAAAAUGAGAAGGAAAAAACAAGUGCCUCACCCUGUCCUUAGCCUCACAGGUUGGAGUGCUCAUUCCUCUGCCAGUUUUAGGCAGUGUUUAUUCAUGUCAACAUGUACCUAUUACUUUAAUGUUUCAUCUUUACCUGCCAUGAGCAUGGGGACCUAAAGCUGCUUCCUUGGCUGCAGAGCCUGCUAGGUGCUGUGUUCUCCUUGGGAGCAUCAGCUUCUCCCCACAGAGGCUGCUUGCUGCAGCAUGGAGCUGUCUGGCUUCUGUCAGCUGAGCCAGAUCCCUACCUGCUGCUGUGCCGUGUGUGUGUGUGUCAGCAGGAUGGUGCUGGGCCAGCAAGCAGGCUGCGGGAAACCACUCAGCUUGAGAGCGGGCUGGGGCAUGUGGAAGGUGCUCAUUUCUCCACUGGCAAAGGGGUAGGAAUGAUCUGUCUCCCUCGUGCUGUCCCCUUGCUGUGAUGAACCUGGGCUGUGGGUGGGAGCAGCUCCUGAGGUUGUCCCCACCAGAGGCUGAGCUGGGGAAGACUGCCGCACACGUCCUCUUGUCAUACUGUCACCACCCCAAGCACUGUAAAUGGAUGUACAUAUGUACCUAGAGCUCAAUAAAUAGCAGAGCCCUGCCUG